CCACUCUCCAAAGAGCUUUAAAAUGAGCUUCGGUCACUUUUGCAAUAUCCAAGCUCCCCCUGCUUCUGUUGGAUUUUCGUUUGGUUUUUCCUUUGGACAGUCCUUUUUAAUUUUUUCCAGACAGUAAUGUCAUUUGGGGUGACUUAACCGGGCUGCUGAAGAACAGCUGCCCGAAGAGCAGAGUUGUCAAAUCCUGAGGGGUGGACCUUGGGAGUUAAAUAUUCUCUUAAACCCACCCUUUUUCGCGAACCCUGACCUCCCUAGACAGGGCUGCUUACGUAAAGUAAGGCUUAAAAAAGAUGGAAGACCCUGAAGAUUUAUUACUGUCACAGCAGAAUUCCCGUUGCUGAGAUCGGUGCAGUUUGGUUCACUCUGCCAAGAUUUUAGAAGAAAUCUUGGACAGUGAAUUGAGGCAUUGGGCACAAACACAAUGGCUUUGCCAGCGGACAGUUGCAUCCAGUUCACCCGCCAUGCCAGUGAUGUCCUCCUCAACCUCAACCGCCUCCGAAGCCGGGAUAUCUUGACCGAUGUUGUCAUAGUGGUGAACCGAGAGCAGUUCCGGGCCCACAAGACAGUCCUCAUGGCUUGCAGUGGCCUAUUUUACAGCAUCUUCACAGAUCAGUUGAAGUGCAAUCUGAACAUGAUUAACCUAGAUCCAGAAAUCAAUCCUGAGGGGUUCUGCAUCCUCCUGGACUUCAUGUAUACAUCUCGCCUGAACCUGCGGGAGAGCAACAUCAUGGCAGUCAUGGCCACCGCACUCUACCUGCAGAUGGAGCAUGUCGUGGACACGUGCCGAAAGUUCAUCAAGGCCAGCGAAGCUGAGAUGAUCUCUGCCGUCAAGCCUCCGCGGGAAGAGUUUCUGGUUGGCCGCAUGCUGCUGCCCCAAGAUGUCAUGGCAUACCCCGGCCGGGAGAUGGCCGAGAGCAGCAUGCCACGCCGUAGCGCCCCUUUGUGCGACGGGCGAGCCUUCGCCCCCAACUUGUACAACAGCCUGCCUGCAUCUCCCGCCUCCUACCCUGUCUACAGCCACCUCCCCGUGAACAACUUUCUCUUCUCUGACGAUGAACUGAGAGAUGUCAGGAUGCCCAUGACAGACCUGCCCAGAGCCAAUCCCUUCCCCAAAGAGCGAGGACUGCCCUGCGAUAGUUCCAGGACAGUGCCCACGGAAUACAACAGGGCCGCCAUGGAGGUCCCAUCCAGCCUGUGCCACGCCACCAUCUAUUCCCCCAAGGAAACGUCUCCUGAGGAGGUGAGGAGUGACAUGCACUACAGCGUGGCUGAGGGCCCCAAGACUGCUGCCCCCUUGGUCCGGAACAACCCUUACUUUGCCUGCGACAAAACCGGCAAGGAGGAGGAGAGAACCUCCUCAGAGGAUGAGAUCAGCCUACACUUCGAGGCCCCAAAUGCACCCCUGAACCGGAAGGGCCUGGUCAGUCCCCAGAGCCCCCAGAAGUCGGACUGCCAGCCCAACUCCCCAACCGAAUCCAGCAGCAGCAAGAACGCCUGCAUCCGCCAGGCCUCGGGCUCCCCCGUGGCCAAGAGCCCCAGCGACCCAAAGGCAUGCAACUGGAAGAAGUAUAAGUUCAUUGUGCUCAAUUCGCUCAACCAGACCAACAAGACAGACGGAGCGGAGUCGGGUGACCUGGGACGCCUCUCCCCUCGCACUUAUGUCCCGGCAUCGUCCUGCCAGCAGUCCAUGGAGCCAGAGAACCUUGACAUCCAGUCCCCAACCAAGAUGAGCGCCAAUGGGGAGGAUUCCACCGUCCCCCAGGCCAGCAGGCUUAACAACAUCGUCAACAGCAGAUCUCUGGAUGGCUCUCCACGGAGCAGCAGCGAAAGCCACUCGCCACUGUUCUCUCACUCAUCUAAGUGCAGUUCCUGCGGCUCCCAAUCCCCGCAGCAUGCUGAGAUGUGCCUUCACCCUCCAGGCUCCACCUUCCCUGAGGAGAUGGGGGAGACUCAAUCUGAGUACUCUGACUCCAGCUGUGAAAAUGGGGCUUUCUUUUGCAACGAGUGCGACUGCCGCUUCUCAGAAGAGGCCUCUCUCAAGAGGCACACCCUGCAGACUCACAGCGACAAGCCCUACAAGUGUGACCGCUGCCAAGCUUCCUUCCGCUACAAGGGCAAUCUUGCCAGCCAUAAGACGGUCCACACAGGUGAGAAACCCUAUCGAUGCAACAUCUGUGGGGCCCAGUUCAACCGUCCAGCCAACCUGAAAACUCACACUCGCAUUCACUCUGGAGAGAAGCCGUACAAGUGCGAGACCUGUGGAGCCCGAUUUGUCCAGGUGGCACAUCUUCGUGCGCACGUGCUCAUCCACACUGGUGAGAAGCCCUAUCCCUGCGAGAUCUGUGGCACUCGUUUUCGGCACCUGCAGACCCUCAAGAGCCACUUACGGAUACACACGGGAGAGAAGCCCUACCAUUGUGAGAAGUGUAACUUGCACUUCCGCCACAAGAGCCAGUUACGGCUUCACCUGCGGCAGAAGCACGGAGCCAUCACCAAUACCAAGGUCCAAUACCGUGUCUCCUCGGCUGAGUUGCCCUCAGAGCUCCCCAAGGCUUGCUGAAGCUCACCCGCAGCGCUCGCCUCCUGCCUCCCCACCCCCGCCCCGGAAGCUAUCCAAAGGAUACUGUAACACUUUAAAAAUGUUCAUCCCAUGAUGUAGUGCCUCUUUCAUCCAUUAGUGCAGAUCGUAGGUGGGGGAAAAGGAAAAUUUCCCUAGUGACAUAAAAGAAAUGAUCAGUCUCCUCUGUGUAAAAUAUUGUCAGCAGAAAAAGUCAUUUUACAUGGCGGCGUGGUGGAGUGUGUAUAAGCUUUGGAAUAUGACUUCACUCGUUCUGAAAAAUGAGGAAUGUAUAUGUUUUGUGGGAACAGAUGUUUCUUUUGUAUGUAAAUGUGCAUUCUUUUAAAAGAGAAUUCAGUAUGCUAUAAAAGAGAGGGCUUUAAUUUUUUAACCAAAGGUGAAGGAAUAUAUGGCAGAGUUGUAAAUAUAUAUAAAUAUAUAUAUAAAUAAAUAUAUAUAUAAACCUUAAAAAGAUAUAUUAAAAAAUAUAAAAAUGCAUUAAAGGCUCGAUUUUGUAUCUGCAGGCAGACACGGAUCUGAGAAUCUUUAUUGAGAUAGAGCACUUACAAAAUAUUUUAAAGUAUUGCAUCUGUAUAAGUAAGAAAAUAUUUUGUCUAAAACGCAUCAGUGUAUUUGUAUUUUUUUGCAAGUGAAGGUUUACAAUUUACAAAGUGUGUAUUAAAAGAAAACACAAAAACAGCCGCAGAAGGAAGAAAUGUGUAAUUUUGUUCUAGUUUUCAGUUUGUAUAUAUAUAUACGUACAAUGUGUACUCACGGUGCCUUUUUCCAUGGAAGUUUUCAAUGUAUGGACUAUAUGAGCCCAAUUCCUUUAUGAGGUGCAGGCAGACCCAUCGACUCAAAGUUGUCACUAACUAAACUCUAUUUGGGAAUGUUUGUCUUAUUACAUGCUGCGUCAUGCUUGUGUUCUAAAUACUCCGGAGACAGGGUUUGGGCUGUGUCUAAACUGCAUUACUGCAUUGUAAAAUAUAGCUGUACAAAUAUGAGAAUAAAAUGAUGAAAAGUCAUGUAAA